GUGGGGGAAGGUGAAUGAGUUUUUUUUUUUUUUCUGUUUUUCACGUUGAUUUGUUUCUUCCCUAUUUAGUAAUAUAAUAUGUAAAUUUCAACACGAGUUACACGGUUCAUCUUGCAAUAAAUUUAAUUAAUUAAUGUUAUGUAGAUGUGUGUAUAUACAUAUCUUCCUUCCCCUGUCUCCGUUUAUCAAUAAUCAGUUGUAGGAUCCAUUGGGUUUCAGUGUGCCAUGGAUUCUAUUCUCCAAUUCACUGUGAUUUUUCUGAUCGUGUCACUCACUUUCUACUACAUUUUGGGAAGAAGCUGGAAGACUAAGAGUGGUGGGAAGAACAAGAAAUUAGCUCCCGAACCCGAUGGCGGAUUGCCGAUCAUUGGCCAUCUCAACCUACUUGGCAGAGAUGAGGUCCUCCAUCGAAAACUUGGAAGGCUGGCCGAUAAGUACGGGCCAGCUUUUACUCUGCGUCUCGGGCAUCGACCUAUUGUUGUGUUAAGCCGGUGGGAAGAAGCCAAGGAGUGUUUCACGACCAAUGACAAAUAUCUCAUCUCACGCCCCUUGCUGACUGCCCGCAAGCUUCUGGGCUACAACUAUGCCACGUUCGGGUUCGCGCCCUACAGUGACUACUGGCGCGAGAUGCGCAAGAUUGCGACCUCGCAUCUCCUGAAAUCCCACAGGGUUGAUUUUUUCAAAGAUGUCUGGGAGUCUGAGAUCCGUGAAGGAGUAAGGGUACUGUACAAGCAGUGCACGAGCGACCACGCUCGGAAAGUGCCCGUCAACUUAACACAGUGGUCGGCGGAUAUGAUGACGAAUGUAAUUGUUAGAAUGGUUGCUGGAAAGCGCCACUUUGCCUUCUCUGGCGAUUACCCAGAGAGCGAAGUCAGGCAGCUCCAGACGGCCUUCAGGCGUCUUGUUGAGUUGGCGGGUGCCGUCGUGGUCUCAGAUGCAGUUCCCUUUCUCGGGUGGAUGGAUAAUUUCCUAGGGCAGACGAGGGGGAUGAAGCAGGUAAACGAGGAGCUGAAUGUUGUCAUCGAACAAUGGCUCGACGAGCAUCGCCGGGACCGGAAGAGAAGGGUGCAAAGCGAGGACGAGGAGGACCUAUUCGACAAGAUGCUUUCCCUCCAGGAAAAAGGGCAGCUAAUGAGUCACCCACACACUCCUGAUAUCUGCAUUAAGGCGACAUGUCUGGAAAUUAUGAUGGAUGGCUUCGAAACAACAGCGACCACGUUGACUUGGGCCAUAGCAUGCCUCAUGAAUCAUCCCCAAGCCCUCAAGAAGGCCCAGGAAGAGCUGGACACCGUCGUGGGUCGUGACCGUUCGGUUGAUGACUCCGAUAUCCCUAAGCUUCCAUAUCUACAGGCAGUGGUGAAAGAAACCACCCGCCGGUACCCGGCUGGUCCACUCUUGAGCCCACGGGAGGCCACGGAGGAUUGCACAGUGGCAGGGUACUACAUUCCGAAAGGCACUCAAAUUAUGGUGAAUGCAUGGAAGCUUCAACACGACCCGAGGGUCUGGAAAGAGCCAUUUGAAUUCCAUCCCGAGAGGUUCCUCACCGACCACGCCCAUGUGGAUCUAAAAGGCCAGAACUACGAGCUCCUCCCUUUCAGUUCAGGGAGGAGGUCGUGCCCUGGCAUGUGGUUGGGUACUAGACUCGUUCAAUUGUCACUUGCUCGUCUUCUUCAUGGGUUCGAGCUCGUGAAUCCAACCAAUAAACCGAUUGACAUGGCUGAGGUUCCUAGCUUGAGCCUCGCCAAAGCCACUCCAGUGGAGAUUAUAUUGAUUCCUCGUUUGGACGCUGGUGUGUGUGCUGUCUAAGGUAUUACACGAUGGAUGUUUUUAUCCUUUUCUUUUUUCUUUUUUUUUCGCCUUUUGGUUUGUUGCGUGUGAAAGUUGUGGCGACGAAUGUUAUUUUAGGAUAUUCUGGUAAAAUAAUUUGGGGAUAACUAUUCGCAAAGAAAUUAUCUCCGAAAAAUAGAGUGUAUUGUUGUAGCGUAUGUCCUCACCA